AUGGAAUUGGAGAAACGAAUCUUCAGUCAUUGGGAAACUUUUUAUGGAAAAUGGGCAGCUCUUCCAAAUAUUCCCGUCAAUGCUAGAUGGACACGCAAUGCUGUCACCAUUGCUGGAGGCUAUGGUCGUGGCAACGCAUUCAACCAACUUUGCCUUCCUCAUGGUCUCUAUAUGGAUGAUGAUCAAACUGUCUUGGUCGCUGACUAUGGCAAUCAUCGUAUUGUAGAGUGGAAAUGUGGUGCAACGAGUGGUAAAGUGGUGGCCGGUGGAAAUGGAAAAGGUAAUCAGAUCGAUCAGUUGAAUCAUCCAACAGAUGUGAUUGCUGACAAAGAGACAGACAGUCUCAUCAUCUGCGAUAACGGAAAUCGACGGGUGAUACGAUGGCCUCGUCAAAGUGGUACAAGCGGAGAAGUAAUUCUUGAGAAUAUCGAUUGCGAAGGGUUGACAAUGGACGAUCAGAGACUUCUUUACGUCUCUGAUAGAGAAAAGCAUGAAGUGAGGCGAUAUCGAAUAGGAGAGAUGCAUGGAACAUUGGUGGCGGGUGGCAAUAAGCAAGGUAGUGGCCUCAAUCAACUCGACAGUCCUUCUUACGUCUUUAUCGAUCCAGAUUAUUCUGUUUACGUGUCUGACAGGGAUAACCAUCGUGUGAUCAAGUGGAUCAAGGAUGCAAAAGAAGGGAUUAUUGUCGCUGGUGGUCAAGGUGAAGGACAUUAUCUCACACAACUGCAUCGUUCGCGAGGACUCUUCGUCGAUCCGUUGGGCACAGUCUAUGUGGCAGACAGUUGGAACAGUCGAGUGAUGCGUUGGUGCCAAGGAGCAACAGAGGGUACUGUCAUUGUUGGUGAAAAUGAUGUAGGAGAACAAGGAAACCAGUUGAAUAUUCCUGUGGGUUUGGCAUUCGAUCGACACGGCAAUCUCUAUAUCAUCGAUUGUAACAAUCAUCGAGUUCAACGAUUCUUAAUCGAAGGGAUGAAUUAGGGUUGGCACCCAAGAUAGAAACAAGGAUCUGUGAGGUAGUGAUUUAAAACGAGUUUACGUGAUUGUUGUGAGUUAUUUUUAUUUAAAAUGAUUUUCACGAAUUAAAACGAAUUAAUCUUAUUUAAAAUGAUAGGAACGGGUUUUCGACUGAUGAAUUAUGAAUCAUUUAAGGUUAUCGUCAAUUAUAUAACAAAUAGUUCAAAUUUAAAGUAAUCGUGCUCAGUUUUGUUUCGACUCGUGAUCAGGGUGUGGGUGUGGGUGUGGGUGUUAGCUGUGACACAGAAUUACCUGCAGCCACACCCACACCCACACCCACCCACACCCACACCCACACCCACCCACACCCACACCCACACCCACACCCACACCCACACCCACACCCAUACCCACACCCACACCCACACCCACACCCACACCCACACCCACACC